AUGUCAGAUCAAUGUACCAAAGGAAUUAAUUGGGGCUCUGUUUCAGUUGAUGAUAAAAAUUUGACACUGAAAUAUAAUUCAAGCAAUAUAAUCAAAUUACCACUAAAAAAAGUGGUUAAUUCAAAUACUUAGAAAAAUGACAUCGUAUUACAAUUGACAACUGAAGAAUGUGGCGAAAAGUAUAGCUGCAAUGAUUAAUUAGUGAUGACAUGUUAUGCGAAGUGAGAUUUUUUAUUCCUCCAUAAGAAUAAGUAAAAUUUGAAAUAAAAUUAGAAAGUCAAAUAAGAAAAAAAAAAAUAAGGGGAAGAUUCUGAUUAAGAAAAACUUGAUGAAGAAGAAGAGGAAGAAGAAGAACCUACAUUCUAAUAAAAAUUAUAGAAUGAAAUUUUAGUUAAGGCUAAAAUUGGUCAAAGUAGUGCUGACUCAAUUCUUACAAUACAUGAUGUACCUUUGAUAGUACCAAGGUAAUUUAUAUAUAUUAAUUUUAAAAAGGGGACGUUAUACUAUGGAUUUCUUUAAGAAAGAUAUACGAUUUCAUGGAAAUACUUAUUAAUUCACAACAGAUUAUAAAGGCAUAUCAAGGUUUUUCUUAUUGCCAAUGCCAGAUGAAAUAAAUUUAUCACUUGUAAUUGGAUUAGAACAUCCUUUCAAAUAAGGAUAAACAGCUUAUAAUUAUUUAGUUAUGCAGUUUAAAAAAGAUUAUGAAAAUUAAAUUAAAUUAAAGUAUCAGAGACAAUAACUAGAUGAAAUUGGAUGGAAAGAAAUUAAAGAGGAGUAUUCAGGUCCAUUAUAUGACACAGUUUGUGAAUUAUUAUCAGAAAUAACAGGAAUAAAGGUAGUUACACCAAAGAACUUUAAAACAAAGAAUGGUUUAUGUUGUCUUAGAUGUUCUGUUGGUCCUCAUUCUGGAUUCUUAUUUCCAUUAGAGAAAUCAUUAAUUUAUCUACAAAAACCAGUUUUACAUAUUAAACAUGAAGAAAUAAAGGAAGUAAUUUUUUAAAGAGUAUAUUAUUAUGAUUAAUUAAUAGAUUGGAUCAACUAAUUUGAAUAAAUUUUUUGAUGUAAAAGUAGUAUAUAAAAAUUCAAAUUAAUUGUUUUCUAGUAUAGAAAAAGAUGAAUUAGAUAAUUUAACUUAAUAUUUAUCUACAAAAAAGAUAGCUGUUAGAAAAUUAUAAGAAGAACUCCCUCGUGUUCAACUUGAUGAAAGUGAUGAAGAUGAUGAUGAUGAUGAUGAUAGUAGAAAUAAAAAGUUAAUUUAAUAUAUAUAAUUUAAGGAAAAAAGCUAAUGCAGAUCUAAAUAAUUUAGAUUCAGAUGAAGAUGAUGAUGAUUUUCAAGAAGGAGAUGUUGAACAAUAAUCAGAGGGAAGUGAUGAUGAUAGCAAUGAUUCUGGAAGCAAUUCAAGAAAGAAAAAAUGA